AUGCCGACCUCACUCUUCCUCUCCGCCCUGCUCCUCAGCAGCUGGAGCCACGCCGCCUUCACCUCCGCCUCCCGCUCCGCCUCCACCUACACGUCCGGCUCGGCCUCCCGGUCCCCUCCUCAACUCCCUUCCCUGCACCGUCGCGCCUCCUUCCCCGGCUGUAACAAAUCGCCUCCCACUGCGCUUGCCACGCGCACCAACGCCACACUCUCCAGCAGCGGCCGGACGUACAUGUACCACCUCCCCGCAACCUAUAACGCCUCCUCGCCGACGCCACUGAUCCUAUCCUUCCACGGCUCGACCCGCACGCCGGACUGGCAGGCCGACCUCGACUUACUAACAGACGAGUUCUUCAACCCUGACUGGAUAGUCGCGUAUCCGGCAUCCCAAACGUACGGCGGCGCCGCGAACCGCUUCUGGCAGGGCGCGCCCGGCGUCCCCGCCGACGUCGACGACGUGGGAUACGUGCUGGAGGUCCUGCAGGCGCUGGACGAGUCCCUGUGCGUGGAUCCCGAGCGCGUGUACGCGACGGGCAAGAGCCAGGGCGGCAUGAUGGUGAACAACCUCGCGUGCUCGCCCGAGGCGUCGGCGCGCAUAGCUGGGUUUGCGCCGGUGUCGGGGUCUUAUUAUGUUGAUCUGGAAGACGGGAAGCAUCGGCAUCGGAAGCAUCGGUAUCAUCGGAAGGAAAAGAGGGAUGGUGGGAAAGAGGAGGAUGAGGAUGAGGAUGAAGGGAAUGGGGAAAAAGAAGAAGACGACAAGAAAUGCGACCCCGGCACAGUUCCCCUCCCCUGCAGCCCCUCCCGCACCACCAUCCCGCUCCUCGCCUUCCACGGCGGCAACGACACGACUAUUGCUUAUGAUGGCGGGGAGCGCGGCGGCAAGUGCCUGCCCGCAGUGCAGCACUGGGUCGCCGAGUGGGUGGCGCGCGACAACCUGCCGGCCGCUCGCUCGGAGAUGAGCCGGGUCGGCAGCGCGGGCGACGGCGGCGCUAUGAGGUAUGUGUACGGCACGGGCACGGAGCAGGGGCUCGUGUCGUUCGUGUAUGAUGGCGACCGCGUGAACCACGACUGGCCGGCCACUGUGAACAAUUCGGAUAGUGUCGCCCAUGGGUCCGGGCCGGCCGGGUUUAAUGCCAGUUCGAUGAUCAUGGACUUCUUUGGGGGGCUUGUGUUGGCCGGAGAUGAUGGUGAUGGUGAUGGCAACUCCUCGGUCCAGACCGGCAGCGAUAAUGUCGGUGCCACGCCUACGGCGACGAGUACGGGGACUUCCACGGCAUCGGCUGGUGCUGCACAUCUUGGGGGCUCUGGCGUGGUCGAGAAGAGCGUUCUCGGGUUUGUGGGAGCAUUACUGGCUCUUGUGGUAUGA